AUGGCGCCACGUGUUAUCACGUAAGUCUAGGGAAUCAAAGACGAAAGGUCCACAGUUUGUGAAUGUUCGAUGGUCGAAAUUUCGCCGAAUUAUCAUAUCGAAAUUCUAAAUUCGGCGGGAGCAAAAGGGCACGCAAUGAAAGACUUGCAUCAUCCUUAGAAAAGGAAGCUCAGAAUGGCUUUGUAGUUUGCGUAAGAACGUGUUCGAUUGGUUGCCUAACAAGGCAAUAUGAUGACUAAUGACUCAAAAGGGUUUGUUCAAGACUUGUGACAAAAAUUAAUGGCAAAUUGAGUAUAAAGCUUGUAGCAUACGGAUCAACUUCACAACUUAAUUGAUCGAGGUAUAUCUCUUGGAUCUUCUUCAAAUCUUUCUUGCACAAGCCACUGUAUAAUUCCUAAAAAUUCGACCCAAAGUUUUUUUUUUGGAAUCGAAAUGAUGAGUCAAACGUAGAUGAGUAGAGGGGGCGCUUGGACCACCGCGGUGCACCGCUCUAUAGAGAAUAGACACAAGAUUAGACAUAAGAUUUGUUUAAACCACACCGAGAAAAGACAAAUGAGAUUAUGUUCCAUAAUUGGUGGCAAGACGUUACUUUUAUAUGAGCUGCUUUAUGCUAUAUAAUUUCUAUGGGAAUUGUGGAGACCUUUGAGGCUCCACGACGGGAAUCACCAAGAUAUUCAUAAAGUGCCGUAUCUGAUCCAGCGGCAAAAAACGUGUCAUUUUGCAUCCGAGAAGUAUCAAAAAUGUAGCAAAAUACCUCCCUCUCCAAGUGAAAAAACUCCGAUUUUGAAAGCGCGCGCGCGCCCUUCGAACGUGAGUUUUUUUAGUUGGAGGGGGAGACAUUUUGCUAUAUUUUUGACACUUCCCGGGUGCAAAAUGACAAGUUUUUGGCCACUGUAUCAGGUCCACCAUUGUAGAUCUUUACCAAUGUAAAAAUUAUGAGAAAACGAGGAUUUUUGGCUCUAUCCUUUUUAUCUUUUCUGCGUGGAAAAAGGAUAAAAACUCGUAGAAAACUUGGAAAACACACGGCGUCGCGACACUUGCGGGCAACCACUUUGCGGGCAACCAGUUUGCGGGCAAAUUUUUUGCGGACAACCACUUUGCGGGCAAAAUUUGGGGGGUCACAUUUGCGGGCAGCUGAAACAUUUGCGGGCAGCUGAGACACUUGCGGGCAGCCUGGGACACUUGCGGGCAGCCGACAUUUGCGGGCAACCGGCAUCUGAGGGUAACAGGGUGGAGCUGGAAAUAUUACUGCGAUAUGUUGGAAAUUUGCCGACAUUUGCGGGCAGCCGACACUUGCGGGCAACCGACAUUUGCGGGCAACAGGAAAAAACAAGCACGCAGAGUGUAUUAGAACUUUUGGAACUGUUGCCCGCAAAUGUCGGCUGCCCGCAAAUGUUCCAGGCUGCCCGCAACUGUCGACCCUGCCCGCAAAUGUCCCAGGCUGCCCGCAAAUGCCGGUGCUGGCCGCAAAUGUCGGCUGCCCGCAAAGUGGCUGCCCGCAAAAAAUUUGCCCGCAAACUUGUUGCCCGCAAAGUAGUUGCCCGCAAGUGUGCGCCCGCCAAACACACACAUGAAACAGAAUGCCAAUCCGUGUAAAAUUUCUGGCAAAGUUGCAAAAUCAUUGCUCCGCUGUUUCUACAGGCUACAUUGCGUAUUUUCUCCAAUAAUUUCCAAUUUUCUUACUCCUUACAUAAGACCACAAUUUUUGUUUGCAUCUAAAGGCACAUUAUUAGCUCGUUUAUUGCCGCCUUCCGGCCGUACUCCGCUUUAAGCAUCAAAGAUGACGCACCAUUUUAUUGCAAAUCACAUAAUUGAUAAGUCACAAGCAAAGCAUGCCUUUGUUUCGCAAGAAUGUCAGCCCGCUAAUCGUAGUGUACAAACAAGCGAUUAUAAGCCAGACCUUAUCGGGGUGAAGACUGAAACUUAUGCUUCAAUCCGAUUGAAGAAAAACACCAACUGUACAUGUAAACAAGAAGAAGUCUAUAGAACUUACGAGAAGGCAUAAAAUGCAUACAGUGUGGGACCUGAUCCAGUGGCAAAAAAGUACCAUUUUGCAUCCGGGAAGUAUCACAAAUGCGGCAAAAUAGCUCCCUCUAUAAGUGAAAAAACUCCGAUUUCAAAAGUGCGCCCGCUCUUUUUGUGAGGGAGCCCUUCAAAAAAAAUGUUUUUUCACUUGGCGAUGGAAGCAUUUUGCCACAUUUUUUGAUACUUCCCGGAUGCAAAAUGGUACGUUUUUUGCAACUGGAUCAGGUCCGUCACUGUAUUUUGCUCUUGUAGCCCUGCAUAUAAGCAAUUGCUGUGUCAUCUAGAGUGUUCAAAAUUUUUACAAAAUUCGUAAGCCGCAUUUCGAACGCUUCCUUUUUUCAGUUUGUUCCAUCCCUUUGCCAAAUUGAUGAUACGCCAAUUCCAUUGCUUGCUCCCGUUGUCCUGUUUUUAUCCGCCCAUAAGCUACAUAGAUGCAUCACCGACCCACUUUCUGCUGGUCAAACACUCUUUUCGACACAAUGGACAUGACUCUUUUUUAUCGUUUUCCGAGCCCACAUCCACCGAAUUCAACGGAAGACAAAGAAGGGCUGGUAAAUUUAGAACACAAGCUUGUGAACAUGGACUGUCAAACAUUCCAAAACAAUGGGUCAAACAGUAUCCGAAUGUCCGCAUUUAUAUAUAAUGUUGGAUUCGAAGGGGGAUUCAGAUCAUUUUCUGUAAUUUCCAGUCCGUCUUCUGCAAAAUUACAUUGCCUGUAAAAUGAAGAUGAUUGUGUUAACUUUACUAAUUUUUCUAUUAGAUUUUGUUUACGUUAGAGCGCAAGGUAAGGGUGUUGUUGUCUUUUUUUCCUAAAAUUGGCCUUGGCUUUUUAGCCGUAAAUUUGAGCUCGUUUAUUGGAACUUCUAAACCCUGAAGGAACUAUGUAUGAUAUCAGUCUGUCGGAAAAAUACCGGCGGAUCGUAGCAGCAAAAUGUCUCGCCUGGCCUCCAUCGCGCACCAAAUCUCCAGCUUCGGAAGCCGGCGUAAAGCGAUGACGGGCGAUUCGCCGUUAUUUUUCCGACAGACUGAUAUGACAUCAAAAAAACCUACAAGUUUUCAGUUCCUCCUCCUUAAAAAUCUUUGUUAUGUACAUAGUAUCUAUAGUUGGAGAUCUGAUCCAAUGGCUAAAAAACGUACCAUUUUGCAUCCGGGAAGUAUCAAAAAUGUGGCGAAAUGCUUCCCUCUCGAAGUGAAAACACUUCGUUUUGAAGGGCGCGACCUUUUUCCUCACAAAAAGAGCGGGCGCGUUUUGAAAUCUGACUUUUUUCAUUUGGAGAGGGAGGUAUUUUGCCACACUUUUUGUUACUUUCUGGAUACAAAAUGGUACGUUUUUUUGGCACUGGAUCAGGUCCGCCACUGUAUGUUAUGACCUUGAAAAAGCCUACAAGUUUUCAGUUCUUCCCCUUUAAAAAUCUUUGUUAAGUACACAGUAACUAUAUGUAACCGCACAAAAGAGUGCCGGGCGUUAAAAAUUCUCUCUCAAAACUCUCUAAACCACUAUUUCCAGAAUGUAAAGACUCCCUCCCCAAAGUGUGCCCGUCCACGACAGAUCUUUGCACGGACAGUGAGUACGGCGAGCUGAUGUACGAAGUCUGUCGAAAAGCCUGCAACUUAUGCGGAGAGCGUCGCUCUCCCGGGGAUCCCGCAGUCCUCUUCCUCAAACUGGUCACCAUGGUUGAGAACCUCAUCGAUCAAGGGAAGCUGAGCAGCAGCGGGACUGGAAAUGCCAAUGGACAGCCGCAAAUCAUCUAUCAGCCUAUUGCCUAUCCAAUCGCUUCCAACACAAGUUGUGCUGACAAAGCCGGGCCCGAUGGAAGGUCGAACUGCGCUGAGACGAAAUAUUUGUGUCAAGAUACGAGGUAUAAGGCGCUUAUGGCCGAACAAUGCCCGGCAACCUGUGGAUUAUGUGUGAAUAAUACAAAUACACAAAAUAGUAAGAAUACGCAUUUAUAAAUAGCUCAUUUUUUAGGUCAGUCGGUUUCCAAUACGGGAGCUUGCGAGGACAAGACAAAAGACGGAAGAUCAGAUUGUCCCGGAAAAGGCUAUCUUUGCCGCUCUCCUACUUACAUCACUAUAAUGCGAGAGGAAUGCCCAAAAACGUGUGGCUACUGUGGAAGCGCCGCAGCCUACCCGUACUACUACUACAGCCCAUAUGGCUACUAUUACUAUGGAAAGAAAUAG